AUGUUGGAGCGACAAAGGGGCUCAGCACUCCUCCGUUCCCCCUACCACAACAAAGGUAGCGCCUUUCCAUCCAAUGAACGCAAAGACUUCAAGCUCUACGGCCUACUACCUCCUAAUGUACAGACGUUGGAAGCCCAGGUCGAACGAGCCUAUCGACAGUAUUGCAGUCGUACCGACGCCUUGGCGAAGAAUACUUUUAUGACGAGUAUGAAAGAGCAGAAUGAGGUGCUUUACUAUAAGCUGAUACAAGAGCAUCUCAAAGAGAUGUUCGGUAUCAUAUAUACGCCUACCGAAGGUGAUGCCAUACAGCACUUUUCAAAGGUGUUCAGGAGACCAGAAGGCUGCUUUCUGAAUGUCUUCGACCAAGAUCGGAUUGAGGACAAUCUUGCUCAAUGGGGUGAUCCUGAGGACAUUGACUAUAUUGUCGUGACUGAUGGUGAAGAGAUUCUCGGCAUUGGUGACCAAGGCGUUGGAGGCAUUUUGAUCUCCGUUGCCAAACUCGUUCUCACUACUCUUUGUGCCGGCAUUCAUCCCUCUCGGACAUUGCCAGUCGUCCUUGACUGCGGUACAGACAACCCCCAACUACUGAACGAUGAUCUCUACCUCGGUCUUCGACGACCGCGAGUACGUGGUAAAGAGUACGAUGAAUUUGUCGACAAAUUCGUCCAGUCCGUACGCAAGUUGUAUCCCGGCGCCUAUCUACACUUCGAGGACUUUGGCUUGACCAAUGCCCGAAGAAUACUGGACAAUUACAGGCCAGAGGUCGCUUGCUUCAAUGACGACGUCCAAGGAACAGGAGUCAUCACACUGGCUGCUAUCAUGGCGGGUCUCCAUGUCAGCGGCUUGAAACUCACAGAUAUGAGGCUGGUGGUCUUUGGCUCUGGAACAGCAGGAAUCGGCAUCGCGGAUCAAGUUCGAGAUGCCAUUGCAGCUGAGAGCGGCAAGUCCAAGGAGGAUGCAGCGAAGCAAAUCUGGUGCGUUGAUAAACCUGGACUCUUGCUCAAAUCCCAGGGUGAAGACCUCACGAUCGGCCAAGGCCCAUUCGCUCGCGAUGACAAAGAGUGGCAGGGCAAGGACCACAACGACCUCUUUACCGUGAUCAAGGAAGUCAAGCCACAUGUGUUGAUCGGAACAUCAACGAAACCAAAAGCCUUCAGCGAAGAGGUAGUCAGGGAGAUGUCGAAGCAUGUUGAAAGACCUAUCAUCUUCCCUUUGAGCAAUCCUACUCGGUUGCAUGAGGCGGAUCCAAAGGACAUCAAUGAAUGGUCAGAGGGCAAAGCUUUGAUAGCUACUGGUAGUCCUUUCCCACCUGUGGAGUACAAUGGCAAGAAGUAUGAAGUUGCUGAAUGCAACAAUUCGACUGCAUUCCCCGGCAUCGGUCUUGGCGCCGUCUUGUGUAGAUCACGCCUCCUAUCGGACAAGAUGCUUGUAGCGGCAGUAAAAGCCAUAGCCGCUCAAUCGCCUGCUCUCAAAGACCCAGACAAAGGGCUCGUGCCAGAUGUCAUCGAUGUACGAGAAAUCAGCGUCCACGUUGCAAAGGCAGUCAUUAAGCAAGCCAUUGAAGAAGACCUAGCUACCGAAAAAGAUAUCCCAGAGAACGACGAGGAUCUCGAAGAAUGGAUCCGAGAGCAAAUGUGGGAGCCACGCUACCGACCCUAUGUCCGCGUCGAUAAAGAAAAGGCAAGUAAGCACGGGAAGGGAGAGCUUGGAGUCGGCAGCGUGAGGAAAGAAGCGAAAGGACCGAAGCCUGAAUAG